UUUAAAUAUAGAGAGUUGUUGACAUGUCAAAUGUCAAAGAGAAAAAAGCACGUGUCUUUAUUUUAUUUGUCUCUUUUGCCGAUGAUAGCCGACUGUAAACUCGCCCAAAAAAUUUUACAAAAUUAUAAACGCGGCCAAAGAAAAUCCCCGGCUCCAUUGGGCUCCAUAUUUUUUGUGUCUGUUUGCUCCAAUUGACUCUCCAAUUUAAUAUUGUAAAAAAAAAUAAAAUAUGGCUCUAGAUUUAAUUGUUAAAGUUCACCCAGUGGUGUUAUUUCAAAUUGUUGAUGCAUACGAACGUCGUAAUUCUGAUUCACACAGAGUUAUUGGUACUUUGUUAGGAAGUACUGAAAGAGGUGUCGUGGAAGUGACAAAUUGUUUUUGUGUACCACACAAAGAAUAUGAUGAUCAAGUUGAAGCUGAGCUUGGUUAUGCCGGUGAUCUUUAUGAAAUAAAUAGUAAAGUUAAUCCUCAAGAAAAUAUUGUUGGUUGGUGGGCAACUGGUAAAGAUGUUACAACUCAUUCAUCAGUUAUUCAUGAAUAUUAUGCUAGAGAAUGUAAUAAUCCAGUUCAUUUGACUGUUGAUACAACUCUUAUCAAUACAACAAGAAUGGCUAUCAAGGCAUAUGUUUGUGUACAACUUGGUGUACCAAAUGGUAAACAAGGUUCCAUGUUUACACCCAUCAAAGUUCAGAUUAUCAGUUAUGAACCUGAAAUAACUGGUUUACAAGUAUGUUCUAAAACUCAAUCAGCAAUUGGAGGAGUUGUUAAAUCAGCUGGUAUUGUUGAGCCACAAAUGGAUUUAGCACAAAUUGCUGGUGCAAGUACAAAAUUAGCAUCAAUGUUGGAUCAAGUACUUGCUUAUGUUGAUGAUGUUAUUGCUGGUAAACAACAACCAGAUAAUCAAGUUGGUAGAGCACUACUUGACAUGGUUAAUUCAGUACCUAAAAUGACUAGUGAACAAUUUGAUGACAUGUUUAAUAGCAAUGUCAAGGAUCUUUUAAUGGUUGUUGCAUUAUCACAACUUAUUAAAACACAACUUCAACUUAAUGAAAAACUUACUCUUUUAACAACAUUGUAAAUUUUACCCCUUCUUUUAAAUCAACAACAACAACAACAACAUUAUAAUCAAUUAUUUUGAAAUUUUAUAAUUAAAAAUAAAAAAUAAUUAAAACAUA